CAGAGCGGGCGAAGCGGAAGAGGUGGGCGUGGUGAAGGCGUGGGCGCCCUGCCUGCGUCAUGAGGUGGGCAGAGACGCCGGCCGCCCUUGAGCCCCGUCAUGAGCGCCCGCGCCCGACACGCCCCUGAUCCGGGGCCGACGCUCAUCCGCAUCAGCCCGGCGCGCAUCCACACGCAGGUGACCCAGAGUGUGAGGUACCGUCCGCUGAGGUCACUGCUGCUGCUCGUUCUCCUGGUCAUAGUGUCUCUCUUCGUCCUUCUCACGUUGUCUCAGAUGGCCGUCGUCCAGCACACCAUGAUGGCCCAGCUGGACACCCGACGCCCAGGGGUGGCCGGUCUGGGCGUGGGGAACCUGGUCGGGGGCGGGCGGGGGCGCGGACCCCCCAGAGGACGUGGAAGAGCCAGUUCAACCAGUUCAAGAUCGAGCCGCUUCUUAUACGCAACGCGCCGUCCGUGGAGGUGAACAGCGCCCUGGCAGACAACCGACGGCGCGCGAGCAAGCUGGCCGCCAUCAUCGUCAGGAACUCCAUCCUCGUCACCUACUCCGCUCGCCACUCCAACCUCUCCUCGACCCACCACGAACCCCA